UAACACUUUAAAUCAAAAUCAUAAAUAUACAGAAACUUCCUUCAACGCUCAUCCUCAACUGAGCUGAGAAACAAGAGUAACAACCACCUUUGAUCAAAAGAAAUCACAAUGAGAAACAGAAAAAAUGUUUCAAACAUUCCCAUCACCGAAAGGCCUAGACCUCAACCGAAAAUUCUCAGCAUGGACACUGUAAAGGCCGCUGUCAACGAAUUCGUGUCCACAUUCAUCUUUGUCUUUGCCGCCACAGGCUCUCGAAUAGUUGUAAACAAAAUCACCGGCGACGCUGUGUUCGGUCUCAUUGCCACUGCAAUCGCUCAGGCGUUUGCCCUCACUGCUGCGGUUUCUGUCGGAAUCAAGUAUACGGACAUGAAUCCGUAUACAUGUUGUGGGCACCUCAACCCUGCUGUCACGUUUGCCGCUUUUAUAGGCGGAAAUUUACACAUCUUUCGUGCCUUAAUCUACUGGAUUGCUCAGCUCCUUGCCUCCAUCGCCGCCUGCGGGCUGCUCGUGUUCUUUCCCGGUGGACAGUGGGUGCCCGUUUAUAGACUUUCAAAUGGAGUGGGAGUGGAAAACGCAUUGGUGUUAGAGAUGGUGAUGACAUUCAUUUUAGUGUUCACGAUGUGUGCUACUGUCUUUGAUCCCAAGGCCACCAAACGCUAUAAUGCACCACCACUUAAUAUUGUGGUUGUGGUCAACGACCAAAAUGCACGAAAGCAAGUUCAAAUGCCUCCUUUGAACAGGUUUUCACCACUUGCCAUUGGGCUCAUAGUUGGAGCAAAUAUUUUAGUUGGCGGGCCUUUUGAUGGAGCAUCUAUGAACCCGGUUCUGUCGUUUGGACCCGCACUCGUCACUUGGAGCUGGAGCAACCAUUGGGUCUAUUGGGUUGGCCCUUUCAUUGGUGGUGGGAUUGCUGGUUUUGUUUAUGAUUUUGCAUUUAUUACUAAGUAAUGAAAAAAAUUCUGUUUUUUUGGUAAUUUUAGAAUCAAUUACUAAAUUUACAUAUGAGUUUAAUGAAAAUGUAUAUUAAUAAUCUGAAAUAGUUUUACAUUGUCAUCUUAUAAAAAUGUGAUAUGAACGGGUAGAACAAGAUAACUUCAAUGGCAUAAUGAGGUGGUUGAUACUUGAUAUAGUGGUUUUGACUUCAAGCACGAAGAGGGAAAGUAGUACCUGCAAAAACGUUAGCACUUCAACAGUUAGUAUUUAGUUGAGGGAAAUGCUAAUGAAUUCAGUAGAAUAUGCGUACUGACACACUCGCAAGUGCACGAGUAUGUCAUCGUAAUAAAUAGUGUAUUGAAUCCACAUGAACGAAUGAGUAA